AUGUCCUCCGACAUGGCAAACAAGCUCGAGACCAAACUGAGCGGCACAAAUAGAGUCGCCAGCAGCGACAAGCGUUCGACACGUCGCGAGUCCACAAUGCUGAUGGCAGACGUGACAACGGUGCGUGAAUUCGGCCUUGUACGUGUCCCAGGGGUCGUCGCCUACUCGAGGCUGCCUAUCCUGAGGUUUCUCAGUGGCGUCGAGCCACUGGAACGCCCCCGACCUCGUCUCCAAGAGCAUCUCCCGAUACAUGGGGAUUAG